GACUAACAGAUAAUACUCUGCAGGUAAAGGAGUUGUUUCUAGAUAACUGUAGAGCCAGCACGCUAACAGGACUAACAGAUAAUACUCUGCAGGUAAAGGAGUUGUUUCUAGAUAACUGUAGAGCCAGCACGCUAACAGGACUAACAGAUAAAUACGAGGAGUUAGAGGUUCUCAGCAUGAUCAACAUAGGUCUCACUUCUCUUAAAGGAUUCCCUGCUUACCCCAAACUAAGAUCGUUGGAGGUUAGUGAUAAUAAGUUGUCGGGGGAUCUGGAGUAUUUGAAGAGUUGCCCAAACCUCACCUCCCUCAGAAUCUGUAAUAAUAGGAUUAAAGAUGUUGCUACGCUGGAACCACUGAAAUUGCUGAGUAAUCUGUCAAGUUUGGAUUUGAUCGAAUGUCCGAUUGCUGAAGUUGAAAAAUAUCGAGAUAAAGUAUUUUCAGCGAUUCCACAACUUACCUUCCUUGAUGGAAUUGACAGGGAGGGUACUGCAGAGCCUGAUUCAGAUGAAGACUUCGAGUUAGAUGAGGGAGAGGACGAUGAUUUAGAUAGCGAGGAGGAGGAGGAGGAGGAGGAGGAGGAGGAGGAGGAUGACGAUAAAGAAGGAGAAGAUGGAGAAGAACAAAAUGUAUCUGAUAACGAGGAGGCAGUAGUAGAGGUUCCUGACGACGAAUCACAACCAGCUGCAAAGCGAGCUAAAAUAGACCCUGACAUUAAGAAUGUAUCAGAUGAUGUAGAGCUGUGAUAGUGAGCCGACCAGAACUCGUAGUCUGUCUGAGUGCGCAAUUUCGUGUUAUUUGUGAAACUUACCAGUUAUUUUAUUGUUUAAUAUAUAUGAUCUGGAUACUACUGUAUUAAAUACAGUUAUCUGAAGUCAUCAGAUUAAAGGAGAGCCAUUUCUGCUGUUAGGCAGAGUUAUUGAAAAAAUAUGCUCCUAAAAGUGGCAAUUUCUACUUUUAAGUAACCGGUACCAAUGUGGUAAAAUUCUUUGAGUUGGACCGUUAAUAUGACCAUAUCUGAUAUUUAAUAUAUCUUUAUAAGAAUUCUUCGUGAUAAUUGCAUACCUAUUAUAUAAUGGAUUGAAUGAAAUUUGAAAGUUUUUUCAUACAUACAAUUUUUAUGACGCCACAAAUUCAGUGAAGUCCUAUGACCCACAAAUAUUUUGAC